AUGGCAAUGGAAGCCAAAAACCUUGACUUAGAGGAGCUCUUUCAGAGCCUUAAAGAGAUCACAAACGAGGGUUCUGAAAAGUUUGAAAAUGUUCGGACUAAGAGAGCUGUCGACGACGCUUCGCAAGAGAUUGAUAGAGAAGAUUUGAUUGGCAAGUUCCUACAGCCUUCCAACACUUUACCGUGGGGACUCCUUGAUCUUUUCCAAACAGUGCCAGAAAUGAAUUUUAUGGGAGACCCAGAGAAAUCAAAGGACGCAGAUUAUGAUUAUAAAGAGUUUUUACAGAUCCCUGAACUUCUCAAGAGGACUUCUUACCAUUUCAAGAGAAAAGGCAUUGAUGGUAAAAUUGACAGCUACACAGAAUCUGUGAACUUGAGCGAAAUUGCCAAUGCAAACGCUUCGAACUCUUUAUCCAUUUCUCGUAAGAUUAAUACGGAGAACAAAAGUGUAAGAGGUUCAACUGGUCAAUUGCCUUUCACGCCAGGCGGUCUGACAAUGUCUGCGUUCGGACAAGCGUCUGAUGCCUCUGCAAUGGCAUCAGCUACAAAAUUGUUACACAGGGAUGAGCAAGGUCUUUUCGAUAUUCCGCAAGGUUUGGAACGUGGUAUAAUACCUCAAGAAAUUAGUAUGGAUGGUAGCAACCAGAUAGAAGAGCUGAACGCUUUGAAUGAGAUUGAUAACGAGCUGGAGAAUCUCCAGGAAAUCAGCGAGAACCGGCGCAAAGAGGAUAGCAAACUUGAAAAAGAUGCUUCCGAGGCAAUCUUAGGUAACGCGGCCCAGGAUUCUGAUGUUGAAAUUGAUGAUCUGUUGCCCGUUGGAAUCGAUUUUGGGCGUACUAUUCGUAAGGCGAAAAAUGAUUUGGGGCGCAAGGAGUGGGCCCAUGUGGUAGAUUUGAACCACAAGAUUGAGAACUUCGAUGAACUGGUGCCGAGCCCUGCAAGAACGUGGCCUUUUGAGCUUGAUGUUUUUCAGAAGGAGGCAGUUUAUCAUCUUGAGCAAGGUGAUUCUGUCUUCGUUGCUGCACAUACAUCAGCUGGUAAGACAGUUGUGGCUGAGUAUGCAAUCGCAAUGGCCAAGAGAAAUAUGACAAAGACCAUUUACACCUCACCUAUUAAGGCUUUAUCCAACCAAAAGUUCAGAGAUUUUAAAGAAGAUUUUGAAGACGUUGAUGUCGGUUUAAUUACUGGUGACGUUCAAAUAAAUCCAGAGGCGAACUGUCUUAUCAUGACUACUGAAAUUCUGAGAUCAAUGUUGUACCGUGGCGCUGAUUUGAUCAGAGAUGUUGAGUUCGUGAUUUUUGAUGAAGUCCAUUAUGUUAAUGAUCAAGAUCGAGGUGUCGUGUGGGAAGAAGUUAUAAUCAUGCUGCCUCAGCAUGUUAAAUUCAUUCUGCUAUCCGCAACAGUUCCUAACACCUAUGAAUUCGCUAAUUGGAUCGGAAGGACCAAGCAAAAGAAUAUCUAUGUCAUCUCAACGCCAAAAAGACCAGUUCCUCUGGAAAUUAACAUAUGGGCGAAGGAUAGGCUGGUUCCUGUGAUUAAUGAAAAGAGAGAAUUUCUUGAGGCUAACUUUAAAGCUCAUAAGGAGCUUGUUUCAGGAAAAAGUGGCCCACCAGACCGUAAAAACGAAAAACCAGGAGCGUCUCGCGGCCGCGGCGGAAGCGCUCGUGGGGGAGGAGCAGGUCGAGGGGGUGCAGGGCGCGGAGGCUCUCGCGGAGCGGGUGCCGUAGGCUCCAACAGGAGUGACUUCUUCAAACGAAGCGGGCCAAACAAAAAAACCUGGACUAACCUCGUCAAUCAUCUGAAAUCGAAGGAUUUACUGCCCGCAGUCAUAUUUGUUUUUAGUAAGAAGCGCUGCGAAGACUAUGCGGACUGGCUAGAUGGCAUCAACUUCUGUACAGCUAAAGAGAGGUCACAGAUCCACAUGUUCGUGGAGAAAUCAGUGACACGUUUGAAAAAGGAGGAUAGAGACCUACCGCAAAUUAUUAAAAUGAAAUCCCUCGUGGAAAGAGGUAUUGCGGUUCAUCAUGGCGGUCUUUUGCCUAUUGUUAAAGAACUAAUCGAGCUGUUAUUCGCCAAAGGGCUGAUUAGGGUACUGUUUGCGACUGAAACAUUUGCAAUGGGGCUGAAUCUUCCUACAAGAACUGUUGUAUUCAGCGAGAUUCAAAAGCACGAUGGUAACAGUCUGCGUAACCUAAAUCCUGGUGAAUUCACCCAGAUGGCCGGGAGAGCUGGUCGUAGGGGUCUCGACAAAACAGGUACCGUAAUUGUCAUGUCUUAUACGUCUCCUCUGGAGCAAGCAUCGUUUAAAGAGGUCGCCCUGGGCGUGCCUACAAGAUUGCAGUCGCAAUUCAGACUAACAUACAAUAUGAUUUUGAACCUUCUAAGAAUUGAGGCUCUACGUGUGGAGGAAAUGAUUAAAUACUCUUUCAGUGAAAACAGCAAGCAGACGCUACUGCCGGAACAUGAGAACAAAAUCAAGUCAUUACAAAGUCAACUGGAUAGCAUUGAAUUCUAUGAAUGUCCUCAUUGUGAGAAGGAUCUUGACAAAGCCCUUGAUGCCACUAUCAGGUACAAAGAGUGCACGAAAGAUUUAAUGAACGAGCUUUCAAGCGGAAGCAGCGUUUUCCGUGUUCUUAACGUCGGCCGCUUGAUACUUUUUAGAGAUCUUAACGAUUGUGCCAAACUCGGAUUUGUGUUCAGAAAUCUACCAAAAGAAGGCCAGGUUGUGGUGAUGACAAUCACAAAUCCAAGCACUUUAGAAAAUGGUCAGCCAAAUCAUUUGCCAUACUUGUCAACGAUUCCAGACUUUGUAAAGAAUAACUUCAAGCCAUUCGAGAAGAUUGAGUUUUUCAUGGAGAACAUUUCAAUGGAUAGCAUCGAAAUCAUUAGUGCAUUCACAUUAGAUGUGCCCAUGACUGACAUUAUGAAACAAGAACCGGAAGUCAUUGACAAAUUUAAGAGUGAGGUAUCUCUUAUAAUAAGGAUAUCUCGUAAGUUGAGGGAAACAAAAUAUGAGAAGAAGGGAAGUUUGAAGAUCCACCAAGCUGUUCUUGAUAGAGAAAAGAUCAAGACUGAACUUGCUUCUUACGAGUGUUCCAGGUGCCCCAAUUUCGACGUUCACUUCUUACCCAAAUACAAAGAGUUCGAAAUUCAACGUGACAUCAAGUCCUUGUACCAUUUGAUGUCCGAUCAGAAUUUGUCUCUGCUACCGGACUAUGAGCAGCGUCUGUCUGUCUUGAAAGACGCAGGCUUCAUAGAUCAGAACCACAAUGUGUUACUGAAGGGAAGGGUUGCGUGUGAAAUCAACUCAGGCUAUGAACUAGUUUUGACAGAGUUAAUUUUGGACAACUUUUUGGGUGACUUCGAGCCGGAGGAAAUUGUUGCUCUGCUAUCAGUAUUUGUCUAUGAGGGCAGAACACGCGAAGAGGAGCCUCUCGUAACAACCCCGCGUCUAACCAAGGGCAAAGCAAGAAUCCAAGAGAUUUAUAAAGCGAUGCUGAACGUUUACGAAAAGCAUCAAGUACCUCUGACGAAAGACGAAGCCGAAUUUUUGGAAAAGAAGAGAUUUGCUCUCAUGAACGUGGUGUAUGAAUGGGCGCGUGGGCUAUCUUUCAAAGAAAUUAUGGAGAUGAGCGUGGAAUCAGAGGGAACUAUUGUGAGGGUCAUAACGCGUUUAGAUGAGAUUUGCAGAGAAGUGAAGACAGCGUCCAUCAUUAUUGGCAAUUCGAAUUUGCACAUGAAAAUGUCUCAAGCUCAGGAAUUGAUCAAAAGAGAUAUUGUUUUCGCGGCAAGUUUGUACUUGUGA